AUGGUUCUUGGAAAAAUCAAGGAAAUUGCCGAAGCCUAUUUGGGUCAUGAAGUUACGCAUGCUGUGGUUACGGUCCCCGCUUACUUUAACGAUGCUCAACGUCAAGCUACCAAAGAUGCUGGAACCAUCUCUGGACUUAAUGUUGUUCGUAUUAUUAAUGAACCGACAGCAGCGGCAAUCGCUUAUGGAUUGGACAAGAAAGAAGAUGAGGCUGUUGCUUAUGGUGCUGCUGACCAAGCUGGAGUAAUUUCUGGAGAAGAAGACACCGAAAUUGUUUUGGACCCAUUGACUCUCGGUAUUGAAACUGUUGGUGGUGUAAUGACAAAGUUGAUCAAUCGAAACACUCUUAUCCCAACCAUAAAGGCACAAGUUUUCUCUAAUGCUGCAGACAAUCAAAAGGCUGUGACAAUUCAGGUCUAUGAAGGAGAACGUCCAAUGACUAAAGACAACCACAUGCUUGGAAAAUUCGACUUGACAGGAAUUCCACCAGCACCUCGUGGUGUGCCACGAUUUGAGAUAUCAUCUAAAGACGUCAAUGGAAUCCUUAGUGUAACAGCUGAAGAUAAAGAAACUGGAAAUAAAAUUAACGUCUCCUUUGACCACAACCGUUCAUCUUCUGAAGAUAUUGAAAGAAUGGUUAAUGAUGCUGAGGAAGAUAAACGUGUUAAUGAAACGGCUAAAUUAUUUGCUGAAUUGCAAUCAAAAAAUGGACAACAAAUUGAUUCUUCUCGUGAUCGUGGACGUCCUUUUGAAUUUACAAUUGGAAAAGGAGAAGUUAUUAAAGGAUGUGAUGAGGGGGUUGCUAAGGUUUGUUUUUUUUACAUUUUUUAA